CCAUUUUCGAAUGACUAUCAUAUUUCACUGAAUGACUUUUCUGAUUCUAGGAAACAAUGGAACCAGACAUUGACUAUAAAAUGCAGCAGGUCCACUAAAUUUUUAUGAUCGACUGCACCAGCAAAAUGGAAACAAACGUUUCGCUAACAUUCUUCCUGAUUGUCGUAUUUUCCAUUCUCGACGUGGAGGCCCUCAAAAACAUGUUCAUCCGAGUGCCGGAAGCUGUUAGAAUAGGAGAUUCCGUGACACUGGUUUGCGAUUACGAUUUGGAGACGGCAGCUUUGUAUACUAUCAAGUGGUACAGGAACGACGAGGAAUUUUAUAGGUUCGUCCCUAAGGAAUCACCACCGUCCCAGAUGUUCGACGUAGCUCAUCUAAAUGUCGAUAUAUCCAAAUCGAACACAAGAGAAGUUACUCUGACAAAUGUGGAGAAAGAGACAUCGGGAGAGUUCAAAUGCGAAGUCACUGCAGAUGCUCCACUAUUUCACACUGACAUCAGAACUGCGAGGCUAUUAGUUGCAGAAAUACCUGAAGAUGGUCCAGUCCUGAAAGUGGAAGUUCAGAAAAUAACCCCAGGCUCCUACCUGAGAGCAAACUGCACAACUCCAGGAUCGCAUCCUGCCAUGAACGUGACGUGGUACAUCAACGAUGUCCAGGUGGGUUCAGACUUAGAAGUCCACAUCCAGAAAACGGUGAUUCGCUUCGAGGCGUUAGCUGGCCUGGAAACCGUCGUCUCGACAAUAUCGACAAGGGCAAAUCCUGACCUCUUCAAGAGCGGAAAACUGAAACUGCGAUGUUCGGCAACGAUGUUUACCUUAUACACCUCCUCGAGGGAGACUGAAAUACAAGAGGACGCGCCCAAACUCGCCCUCAUUAUGAUCCAGGAUGCCCAAGCCAGCGAAGGUUCGAGCACCAAAUCAAAAUAUAUCCAUGUGUUCCUGAGUUUGCUGACGUCCCUCCUCCCCACAUUUUUCCAGUAACCGUCGUUCUGAACG